CCCAGGAAGAGGAACUGCAGGUAGACUAGUGUAGCGUGAACGUUUGGGGGAACUUUUAACGUUGUAAAAAACAGUUUGGUUCAGAGCCUCGCCUUCAAUAUGUUCAACAGACAGACGAGCCUGUGGAUGGGUGAUUUGGACCCAUACAUGGAUGAGAACUUCAUUAAACAGGCUUUCAGCGCUAUGGGAGAAUCACCGUUUGGAGUCAAGAUCAUCACUCACAGGAUAACAGGGGGUUCAGCAGGAUACUGCUUCGUGGAGCUGGCAGAUGAAGCAAGUGUCGACCGCUGCGUCCAAAGACUCAACGGGAAACUGGUCCCUGGAUCAAACCCGCCCCGGAAGUUUAAACUAAACUAUGCCACCUAUGGGAAACGGCCAGAAGCAGGGCCGGAGUUCUCAGUGUUUGUGGGCGACUUGGCCUCUGAGGUGGACGACUUCCAGCUGCACCAGGUUUUUAAGAAGUACCCCUCCUGCAAGGGAGCCAAAGUAGUCACUGACCAGUAUGGAUACUCCAGAGGCUACGGCUUUGUUAAGUUUGGAGAGGAGAGCGAGCAAAAGAAGGCCAUCGAGGAGUGCCAGGGUACGAUGCUUGGGGGGAAACCGCUCAGACUCAGUAUCGCUGUGGCAAAGAGUCAGAAGAUGAGCAACUAUCAUGGGAGCCAGGGCCAGAAUUACCAUGGCAACUACAACCAGUCCCAGUCCAAUUACUAUGGCAGUAACAGCAGCGCAGGACAGGGGGGUUACUACUCUCAGUGGGGGGGCUAUGACCAGUACAGCGGCUACAACAGCAGCGGCUACAACACUGGAUAUAAUAGUGGAUACGGGACUGGCUACAACUACAACUAUGGGCCAUACGGAUACCCUCCACCAGGUCAUGCCAUGCCACCACCUCCCAUGGGGAUGCCACCUACUGACAUGACAGGAGCCGUAGAGCAGAGCCAUGAAGAAACUGAGGAUAUCGAUGAGGAAAAUGCGGAAGAGCCCCUCCCUGAAUGUGAUGUGGACCAGUGGAACAAAGAUUUUAUGCAACGCAGCGAGGAACUCUAUGACGCCAUGAUGAGCAGUCACUGGGAGCCCCUGGACUCUGUUAACUCCCCCAUCCCCUCACUCUCUUGAUAAUUUAGUCUCUUCGGAUCCCUCCCUGAAUUUUAAAUAUAACUUUUUUUAUGAUUUUCGUACCCCUGCCAUCAUCUAAAGCUACACUGAGACCUUAAAAAGCCCCACUUCAUUUCAGCGUCUCAGUACUUCUCCCAGCCUGAUGAAAGACUGUACAUAUAGAUUUACUGUUCAUCUUCAAAGUACAUACACACAUUCACUUGAUUUUAAUGUUUACCAUGUUGGUAAUAUUCAGAAAGUUGGACAAUAAGCAGUGAAAUUAGUAUGUUGUCCAUACUGUGUAGUAUGCACUCAUCUGUACACCACAGAGGGGGGAGAGCUAUGAGUCGAGGGAAAGAGUGCAGAGGUUUGUGCCCUCUGUGCUGUUCACAGCAGCUGUAGCAUUAAAUCGAACAAGGUCUUCUCAAAAUGUCAUGUCAUGUAUGGUUUCAAUAAUUCACCAUUUGAAGAUGUCACUGAGGAAGAAACUUCACUUGAGUUUUGGUCCUGUUGAUCCAUGUUGAGAUGGACACACCAGCAAAAAUGAACCACAUCCACUGAAUAUGGCCCUGAUCGUUUAGGAGGAGAUGGAAGAGACCGUCUUCUGAAGACAAAACUAUGCCUUUUGUUGUCAUUCGCCAUCUACGUCCUCUGAGUCCAGGAUGAUUAUUAGAUAUUCUUUGUAUAUCAUUGUCUUGUUCUUCUUUUUUUUUUUUUUGUAUGAAGGAAAUUUUUGAGUAAAUACCUUUCUCUUCCAUUUUUUUUUUAAUUUUCAUGAUGGAUUUAAUGAGCAUUAUCUGUGUGGGGAGUGUUCAGUAUGAUGACGCUGUGAGACUCUACGUCAUGAUUGUGUGAGGUUGACUGCUGAAUUUGUCGUAUCAGAGGUUGAAGCAGCACUUAUUCUUUGCUGUUUUGAUGGCUGAUAUUUUGUAUAUAUUUUCUUUCUGGAGAUGUUUUAUCAAUAAAACAAAUUUAGGA